AUGGCCACAGAAAACCCCAUGGAAAGUCUCCAGGAAGAAGCUACAUGUCCCGUCUGUCUGGAGUAUUUCACAGAACCUGUCAGUCUGGAGUGUGGGCACAAUUUCUGCCGAUCCUGCAUCGAAAUAGCCAAACGGUGGAGUUUACAGGCAGCAAAGGGAGCAGGAGAGGAGAGGGUGUGUGGGGAACACCAGGAGACUCUGAAACUGUUCUGUGAAGAGGAUCAAACUUCUGUCUGUGUGGUUUGCCAUCUGUCCCGGGCUCACAGAGCUCAUAUGGUGGUUCCCAUAGAGGAGGCUGCCCAGGAGUACAAGGUGAAACUCCAGGGAGCCCUGGGCCCUCUGAGGAAGGAGCUGGAAGAGGCCCUGGCUCUGACGUCUAAAGAGGAGGAGAAAAGCACAGAGUGGCAGAGGAAAGUGAAGAACAGGAGAGAGACGAUUGCAGGUGAAUUUAACAAACUGCACACGCUGCUGAGAGCGGAGGAGCAGCUGCUUCUGCAGAGACUAGAGGUGGAGGAGAGGGAGACUCUGCAGAGACUAAGGGAAAAUGUCACCAAACUCUCCCAGCAAAGUUCCUCUCUGCAGCAGCUGAUCGCAGAGAUAGAGGAGAAGUGUCAGCAACCAGUUGUCGAGCUGCUAAAGGAUGUGAAAAGCACAUUGAGCAGGAGUGAGAAUGUGAAACUCCAGGAACCAGAAGCUGUUUCUACUGGCCUGAAGAACGUGUAUAAAAUUUCCCUUGACAUGAGGGAAGUGCUGAAGAGAUUCGGAGUGGACAUGACUCUGGAUCCAGACACGGCUCAUCCCUGGCUCGUCCUGUCUGAGGAUCAGAAACAUGUGAGACUCGGAGACACACACCAGGAUCUGCCCGACAACCCUGAGAGAUUUGAUCCUUGUCCCUGUGUCCUGGGCAUUGAGGGGUUCACAGGUGGGAGGCGUUACUGGGAGGUGGAGGUGGGAGACAACUGGACUCUGGGGGUUUGUAGGGAAUCUGUGAGCAGGAAGGGGUGGGUCACACUCUCACCUGAGGAUGGAUACUGGGCCAUGUGGCUGAGGGAUGGGGAAUACGAGGCCCUCACCUCCCACUCGACCCCCCUCCCCGUGAGCAUCAGGCCCAGCCGGGUGGGGAUUUUCCUGGACUAUAAGGCGGGCGAGGUCUCGUACAAGUGA